AUGUCCUCGCUGAGGCCGCUCAACACGGAGCCAAGUUUUCUCCACUCCCAGAAGCUGCAGAGCCCGAGGGAUGCCUGCGGGGCACCGCUGAGGUCGCCGUCGCCGAGGGUCGUCGCCGGCCCGCCCAAGAAGAGGAUGGCGCGCGCCGGAGGCCUCUUCGAGAGGUCGCUCAGCUUCAAGAACUGGGAGGCGGAGGUUGGCGCCGAUGAGCCAGAGGCGGCGAGCCGGUGCAUCAACGGCGCGCGCCCCGGGACCCUCGUGCUCCAGAGCCCAGGAAGCAAGCAGCAGCAGUCCCCGAGGCCGUCGCCGUCCAAGGCGCACUUCGUCUCUCCGAGGCCUCAGGCCGAGCUGGACGACGCGGCCACCAAGGUCCAGAAGCUCUUCAAGGGCCACCGGACCCGGAGGAACCUCGCCGACUGCGCCAUUGUCGUGGAGGAGCUCUGGUCUGCAUCUGCAUCUUCACCUGCAUCUGCAUGCAUGUUGAUUGGAGUAUCAUCGUGCCUGACCAAAACAAUUUCAACGUUGAAAUUAUUCAGGUGGAAGGCCUACGAUUCCGCAUCACUCAACAUCAAGUCCAUCUCCUUCUUUGACGAGGCCAAGCAGGAGACGGCUGCUUCCCGGUGGUCAAGGGCUGGGAAGAGGAUUGCCAAGGUCGGCAAGGGGCUCUCCAAAGACGAGAAGGCCCAGAAACUGGCACUGCAGCACUGGCUCGAAGCUAUUGACCCGCGCCAUCGCUACGGCCACAACUUGCACCUCUACUACGACAUCUGGUCCUCGAGUUCCAGCACAGAGCCCUUCUUCUACUGGCUGGAUAUCGGAGCCGGGAAAGACGUUCAUCACCAAAAGUGCCCGAGAAGCAAGCUGUAUUCCCAGUUGAUUAUGUACCUCGGACCAAACGAGAGGGCAGGGUAUGAGGUUAUUGUGGAGCAAGGGAAGCUCAUGUACAGGAGAAGCGGCCUUCUCGUAGAAACCACCGAGGACUCGAAAUGGAUAUUUGUGCUGAGCACAACUAGAUCACUAUACAUCGGGCAGAAGAAGAAGGGUAAAUUUCAGCACUCGAGUUUCCUAGCCGGGGCGGCAACAACCGCUGCCGGUAGGUUGGUUGCCAAAGAUGGCAUUCUUAAGGCAAUAUGGCCUUACAGCGGCCACUACCUCCCAACAGAAGAGAACUUCAGGGAGUUCAUCAGUUUCUUGGAGGAGAACAAUGUCGAUCUAGCUAACGUCAAGAGGUGUUCCGUCGACGACGACGAGUACCCAUCGUUCAAGAAGACCUCAGACGAGCCUACUGAAACGGAAGAACAUGACGAGAAACCCACCGAGGCGGAACAUGAUGAGACCCUCAACAGCUCGCAAAUUGAACUGCCUGAGAUGGACAUCAUCAAGGAAGUGGUUGCCGAGGACAAUGCGGAAGCGGAGGCAGCAGCGACCAAGAUGGCCAGUCUCCCGUCCUUCAAAUGGGCAACCGCUGCUGGCGCGCGGAUCGGCUGUGUCCGCGACUACCCGGCUGAUCUCCAGAGCAUGGCUCUUGAGCAUGUCAAUCUGUCACCAAGAGUGGUGCCGUCUCCGAGCGCGAAUCGGCUGCCCAUCCCGUCGCCUCGGCCCAGCCCCAAGAUCAGGCUGUCUCCCCGGCUGCACUACAUGGGCCUUCCUACCCCCACCGGCCGCCGGCUCCCGAUCCCGAGCCCGGAGAUCAGGAGGCAGCAGUUCAUGGGCUUUCAGACACCGGAAGUGGCUCUCACUCUCCCCAAGCACAAGGCCAAGUGA